CUGUUUAUUGUAAAUACAGGUAAAUUUUAGUUUCGUUAUUGCCGAACUUAUGUUUGAAUUAAUAUUAAAUUAAUAAGACGAUAGUAUUUAGCUGUUUAAUAAUGUAAUGAUUAUUGUUUUGGAAUUCUUAAAAGAGCAAAACUUUUUAUUUGCUUUUUAAUCUCCAAAAUUUUUACAUUCUUGUUGUUUUAAUGUGAUCUUGAUUUCUCAAGUCCAAAUUGCUUUAAUUGUCAACGAUAUAUCUUCACUUUUGACGAUGGCUGAUGGCCAAUAUUCUGGCGAAAGACAAUUUAAGUUUCUGCUGAUAGGAAAUGAAGCUGUUGGAAAAACAUGCAUAGCAUUGCAGUUUACGCAAGAAAAAUUUGAAAAAAAUUACAAACCAACUAUUGGAGUUGACUUUUUUAUGAAGCAUGUUAGCCUGCCUGGUGGUUUGAAUAUUACUAUUCAGCUUUGGGACAUUGGAGGAAUGUCUUUGAAAGGAGAAAUGUUGGAUAAAUAUUUGUAUGGUGCCCAUGCAGUACUUUUUGUGUAUGAUAUCACAAAUUGCAACAGUUUUUCGGAUCUUGAAGAUUGGAUGCAAGCAGUGCAUCAAGUUUUCAAAGAAGAGCUUAUAAUGCCACAUUUAGCGUUACUUAGCAAUAAAGGUGAUCUAGAACACAGUAGAACAGUCAAAUUAGAUCGGCAUUUAAAAUUUGCUUUAGAUAAUGCAAUGUCUUCCCACUCUGUCUCAGCUAAAACUGGUGAAUCUAUUGCAUUAUGCUUUCAAAAAAUUGCUGGUGAACUGUUAGGGAUUCGUUUGACUCGUUCUGAGCAAGAAACUGUUCAGCCUGUAGUGAAAGCUGAAAUUGUUCAAACUGCAUCUAUGGUUCCGGAAGUAAAAGCUAGUCCAUGUAAAGCUAAUAAAAACAACAGCACAGUAUGCACAGUUCAGUAAAGAUA